CGUCACUUCCCAAAGGGGCGGGGCAUCGUAAGGACGCGUGCUGUUCUCGUGUUGCGUCAUCAACGUUGCGCACAUUCUCUAGCUAACGUUAGGCUUCUUGAAGGACGCGGAGCUGCGGCCGGGUGUCAUUCAUAACAACACAGUCGUGUUCCAGCCGUUUAUAACGUCUGCUCCGAGACUCGCUCAAAACAUGAUCCGGAACGGAAUCCACGCGGAGGAGGAGGAGGACCAGGGAGAGCCGAGCUCGUCCAGCCAUAGCCCGGAGAAGAGGAAGCGGGUGAUCCGGGUGUGGUGUGACGGAUGCUAUGACAUGGUGCACUACGGUCACUCUAACCAAUUACGACAGGCUAAAGCGAUGGGAGAUUAUCUCGUAGUAGGAGUUCAUACAGACGAGGAAAUCGCCAAGCACAAGGGUCCACCAGUCUUCACGCAGGCCGAGCGUUAUAAAAUGAUACGGGCCACUAAGUGGGUGGAUGAGAUUGUUGAGGGGGCACCGUAUGUUACUACACUGGAGACUCUGGACAAGUACAACUGUGAUUUCUGCGUACACGGAGAUGACAUCACAUUGACCGUGGACGGGAAAGAUACAUACGACGAAGUGAAGAGAAUGGGUCGAUACAGGGAAUGUAAACGCACACAAGGAGUGUCUACGACAGACCUAGUGGGUCGUAUGCUCCUGUUAACGAAAUCGCAUCACAGUAACAUUGAUAAUGCAGCCUACCAGCUCCACACAGAUAACUUUGGGAAGGGUCCUAAAGGGCACAGCCCUUGGACUGGUGUCUCUCAGUUCCUGCAGACGUCUCAGAAGAUCAUUCAGUUCGCUUCAGGAAAAGAACCACAGCCGGAAGACACAAUUAUUUAUGUGGCCGGAGCCUUCGACCUCUUCCACAUCGGUCACGUGGAUUUCCUCGAGACUGUUCACAAACAAGCAGAGAAACCUUACGUCAUUGUCGGACUGCACUUUGACCAGGAAGUGAACCGCUACAAAGGAAAGAACUACCCCAUCAUGAAUAUUCAUGAGAGAACUUUGAGUGUGUUGGCUUGCAGAUAUGUGUCAGAAGUUGUGAUCGGAGCUCCGUACACAGUAGGAAAAGAUCUUCUGGAUCACUUUAAGGUAGAUCUGGUGUGUCAUGGGAAAACCGAAGUGUUUCCUGACACAGAUGGGACAGACCCUUACACCGAGUCGAGGAAGAGAGGCAUUUUCCGUGUCCUGGACAGUAGCAACAAUCUGACCACCGACGACAUCGUGCAGAGAAUCAUUGAGAACAGGUUGCAGUUUGAGGCCAGGAACCAGAAGAAGGAAGCUAAAGAGAUGGCUGUGAUUGAGGCUUUGAAGCAUAAAGAGGAUUCACUGAAGACCGAGGCGGCUCUAACGAAUAAUUAACCGAACUGUCCAAACUGAACAAAUCAAGGGCUUCAUCAUAGAACCAAAAUUAACCCCGGACUGUUAUAUAAACACCCCGAACGAACAAAAUGCCUGAGCUGAAGAUGCUUUUAAGUGGACAUGGAGGAACACAGACGUUUUUUUUAAUUGCAUGACUCUUGUUUAAUGACAAAAGCACUUUGUUAUGUGCGGAGAAGUUUUAUGAUACCUAUAAAAAUGGGUUCGAAGACAUUCUCUCUGAAUGGGAAGAACACUGAAAAACAUUCAGCAGCUAAUUUUGCAUUUUGUAUGAAGGUUAUGGGAGGAUUAUGUCAUUUUGGUGGUUUUUGAAUUGGUAAUCCAUCCGCACAAAUUUGUAGUUGAGCAGAGAAACGCUUUGUGAAGAAACACUUGAUGUUGACUACAAUAGCAUGCAUACUAGCUGUAUGCAUGUUAGCUUAUUAGGAUUUUAUGUUGGGAUUUUAUUAUUAUUAUUUGUUUUAUAUU